AUGACCAAGGCGGCGAGAAAGUCUGCUCCGGCGACCAGAGUUGUGAGAGUUCACGCGAACAAAGAAUUUCUUCAGCUGGUGCUGGCCCAUGUUGAGUUGCCAAAAUCAAAAGCAUAUUCUGAUGGUACUUAUCUGCACCGAUUGCACAAUCUUUCUUGGAUAUUGGUUCCGUCUCAUGCAUUUUGGAUGACAUUAAGAAGCUUUGUUAGCAAUUUUGCUGGAAGGUUGAGAACCAAGAUUGCACAAUCUUUCUUGGAUAUUGGUUCCGUCUCACGCAUUUUGGAUGACAUUAAGAAGCUUUGUUGGCAAUUUUGUUGGAGGGUUGAGAACCGAGAGAACAAACAAACCACCACCGAGUUGGAGCACAUAGCUGAACUACUACAGGGGCUGAGACGUGACUUGCAAGUCAGUCAUUGA